AAUCGCUCUCCAAGUAGUCGACUACUACACUCCAUCUCAUUAUCCUUCUCCCAAUCCUUGAACGUGUUAAACGGUCGUGUCUUUCUAGGUCGUGAUCUGGUCGUGAUCUUUAUGAUUCACUCACUGGUGGUGUCUGAAACUGAAGGUGAUGUUGAGGGGGAAAUCACAAGUGCACGUCUCAACCAGUGGUUUGCGUUUUCUUGUGUGUUUGAUGGAGAGGAACUCCCUACACUAUCUUGCUAUCCCGUUGGACGUAUGCUGCUUGUACAGGUCCUUUCUCUGACUCACUUAGUAGACAAUUAUACUUAUCUGACUUGUUCACAAUUGCGAUCCAUUGCGGCAACCCAUAACAUCACUUCUAUUCGUCGUGCUACC